UCGAUGGUUCUAAUUAAAGUGAGCAUAGCAUUUAACCCAAACAAGUCAGACUACAUCGAAGGUUUAUAGAGUGAGCAUAGUUUGGGCAUACAGCAUGGCCAGAAUAAUCUGUCUGAAGGGCAAACAAAGCAGUGACUAAGGGCGGUGCUCAACCGGUUUGUGCGCGGCUGUUAUUACAAAUAUCCGGUUUAGAUUCGAAGAUCACUCCGAUGGGCCGCUGUGCAGAAACAGAACCAAUAAAAAUUCUUUCAUUUAAGCUGUUUUGAGCUUCAAACCUGAAUUCCACGUGCGAAUUAGGUGGCGGGAACCAAUUUGCAAUUCAAAUGUAUCUAGAAUCUUAGCCCAGCACUACCGUAGGGUUGACGUUUCCCUUGACCAGUGGAUUAGUACGAAACAGGAAACCAUUGUUUUGGUCGCGUAAAAAUGUUUCGCUUCUCAGUUUCAGUGCUGGUGCCGGUGCUGAACAUCAUCCCGCCUCAACCUGUACAAAGCAUUCGAUUGUUGCACCUUGUAAUGGUUUGAAGCUUUUUUUUCUGGCAGGAGCACUAGUGGUGGAUUUUUGUCAACCGAGAUCUCGACAGAGAUACCACUUUGAAGUGACAGUUGCGUGAUUUGUUCGAACGCUUCGUUUACUACUUUCGUGAUUAACAGGUAGACAGCCUAUGAACGCAACGUCAUGGCCGAAAGUUUUGAAGGAAAGUCAUCCCAUAUAUCAGCGAACCAAGCGGCCGUGCCAUCGUACGCGACGGACAUAACGCAUCGUUAUCCGACGUUUCGUGACGAACCGUUCAAGACCGUGCACAAUUGGCUGGACGGCAAGAGGUACGACGAUGGUGCCGAGGGCCUGUGGCGAAUAAAUGACGAUCUGUACGAUCUUGAAGAUUUUGCCCAUACGUACCCAGGAGGCACUGAGUGGAUCCAACUAACCAAGGGUACGGAUAUUACAGAGGCGUUCGAAACGCAUCACAUCAGUCGCCGGGCAGAGCUAAUGCUACCGAAGUUCUACGUCCGGCGGGCCACACAACCACGCAACUGUAGGCUAACGUUUCACGAGCAUGGAUUCUAUCGAACCCUCAAGCAGCGUAUCAGGGAACAGUUGGGCCGCGUGAAUCCCGCGCCAAAGGAACGCUCGCGCCAGAUAGUGGAUGGACUGAUAGUGUGCGUGAUGCUGACCGCCUACCUAGCCGUCAGGCUAGAAAGUUUCGCCAUUGGAAUAGUUUGUGCCAUCUGCGUAAACGCAACCGUAAUUGCGGCGCACAAUUUUCUACACCAGCGAGAUAACUGGCGCAUGUACGCGUUUAACAUUGCGUUUCUUAGCUAUCGGGAGUGGCGUGUAUCGCACGCCAUUUCUCACCACCUGUUCCCGAAUUCAGUGCUCGAUAUGGAAAUUUCGUCGUUCGAGCCCUUCCUGUGCUAUCUACCGUGGGCGGAUCUUAAGAACAGCUUCCAGCGGUACGGUUCCUGGUUCUAUGGGCCGUUUAUAUACGGCUCGAUCUUUCUGAGCGAGUACCUCAAGCGGUUGAUGGAUAGCUUCAGCCAAGGGAAGAACCGGUUUCAUCUGGACGAUCUAAUUCCUUUCCUGCUGCCCGCCUUUAUGUACGCUACCAAUCCGGAACGCAUCGGUGUAAUUUUCCAACUGUGGCUGUUUGUGGUGUUGAUGGCCAGCUUCUUCUUUGGGCUUAUUGGACUGAGCGCUGGCCAUCAUCAUCCGAAAGCACUGCAUUCCGGUGAUUUAUUUCCUAAUGACAUGGAUUUUGGACUUUACCAGAUGGCCACAAUUGUAGAGCGAAGAGGUGUGGAGGGAUCGUUGUUGAAAGUGUUAACCACCUUCGGUGAUCACUAUUUGCAUCAUCUCUUUCCGACACUCGAUCAUGCGAUCUUGCCACAGCUGAAUGAUGUGUUUCUGGCUACGUGUGAAGAGUUUGGUGCGGGCAAACGGCUCAGUUCGUGGUUUUCGCAGUAUAUUGCACAAAAUUUACAACUAGCUCGUGUGCAGCCCAAACAAUAUCAGCCAGAAAUGAUGGCUAAUAGGGGAAAGACUAAACAUGAUCAGCGUGCAUAGUAUAUAGUGCUGAACCCAGCGAUCGUAAAGCGUUACUGUACUACUGUGCAUUGAAACAGCUUUUGAAUGAACAGCAAAGUUGUUUUUAAAAGAGACAGCAAACAAUGCAGAGAGGAAUAAGAA